AUGAGAUUGAAAAUGACACCUCAGAAUAUUCCUGAGGAAGAACUAUCCUGUGACGUGGAAAUGGAAGGAUUUGCAAGAGAGGGUUCCCAUCUUUCCAUUCUAGGUAAUAAUCGGGACUGUAAGAACCGGGAGGGACAUUUGAGGCAGUCAGCUUUAACUCAGGAGAAACCAGGGACUCAGGAAAUAAUUUGUGAAUAUUCUGGACUUGGGGAGCGUUUGGGUGCAAGUUCAGACCUUCUGCCAUCUAAGAGAGUUCCUACAAAUGGUUUUCAUAUACGUGACUCAGAUGUUAAAAGUUUGGAUUGCGACCCAGCUUUACACAGUUGUGCAAAAAAUUAUGUAGCUAAGAGAACUAGUGACAGUGAUGCUUGUGGAAGAGCCUUCGACCAUUCUGGCGAGGUUUUUCAACUUGGAAGAGAUCAAACAAGAGAGAAAUCCUAUAAAUACCCUGAAAGUGUUAAAUCUUUCAAUCAUUUUACUCCUCUUGGUGAACCAAAAGUACUGAAAAAGGGGAAGAAACUGUAUGAAGGUAAGGAUUUGGGGGACAUCUUUACCCUGAGUUCAUCUCUUAAUGAAAACAGGAGGAGUCACCUUGGAGAGAAACUGUAUAAAUGCAGUGAAUGUGGCAAAUGCUUCAAACGGAACUCUUCUCUUGUUUUGCAUCACCGAACUCACACUGGAGAGAAACCUUAUACCUGUACUGAAUGUGGAAAAUCAUUCUCCAAAAACUACAACCUGAUUGUGCAUCAAAGAAUCCAUACAGGAGAGAAGCCCUAUAAAUGCAAUAAAUGUGGGAAAGCCUUCAGUGAUGGGUCAGCUCUCACACAACACCAGAGAAUUCACACUGGGGAAAAACCUUAUGAAUGUCUAGAAUGUGGGAAAACCUUCAACCGAAAUUCAUCACUGAUUUUGCAUCAAAGAACUCAUACAGGGGAAAAACCAUAUAGAUGUAAUGAGUGUGGGAAACCUUUCACCGACAUCUCCCACCUCACCGUGCAUCUCAGAAUCCACACUGGGGAGAAGCCCUAUGAAUGUAGCAAAUGCGGAAAGGCUUUCCGGGAUGGCUCAUACCUUACCCAGCAUGAGAGGACUCACACUGGAGAGAAGCCCUUUGAAUGUGUGGAGUGCGGGAAGUCCUUCAACCGAAACUCUCACCUCAUUGUGCAUCAAAAAAUUCACUCUGGGGAGAAACCUUAUGAAUGUAAAGAGUGUGGGAAAACUUUCAUUGAGAGUGCUUACCUCAUCAGGCACCAGAGGAUUCAUACUGGUGAGAAGCCCUAUGGCUGUAACCAGUGUCAGAAACUUUUCAGGAACAUUGCUGGCCUCAUCCGGCACCAGAGGACUCAUACUGGUGAGAAGCCCUACGAGUGUAAUCAGUGUGGUAAAGCUUUCAGAGACAGUUCCUGUCUGACCAAGCACCAGAGAAUUCACACAAAGGAGACCCCAUACCAGUGUCCUGAAUGUGGAAAGUCCUUCAAGCAGAACUCUCACUUGGCGGUACAUCAGAGACUCCACAGCAGGGAGGGUCCCAGCCAGUGUCCUCAGUGUGGGAAAACGUUCAGAAGGAGCUCGUCCCUCAUCCGACAUCAAAGAAAACACUCUGGAGAGCAGCCCAUGGAAACAUAA